AUGGCAGACUCCGGAGAAAUUGACGAUGAUCUCUUCGCGGAUCUUUACGAUGCUGAUGAGUCUACAAACCGGGCGACUUCGGCGGUAGAGGCUCCCAAGCCCACAGAGCCCGUUGCAGCUCCGGCCCCUGUGCAGCCGAGUGAAGAGACUGCCGCUCCAAGCCACAACACUUCGUCUACGGACGCGUACCAGAACCAGUCUGCGCCCCAGCAAGAUUACUACUCCGGGGGUCACAAUGGAGUGGAUCAUGCUCAAUCUCAGGGUCACCAGCAUGCUGCGUCGCAUCAUGCUGAUCACGAAGAACCCAGAUCCGGGACAGGUAUCAAAGAAGAUGGGAAAAUGUUCAUUGGUGGCUUGAAUUGGGAGACUACAGAUCAAUCUCUUCGGGAUUACUUCUCCCAGUUCGGUGAGGUCCAAGAAUGCACCGUCAUGCGUGACAGUGCUACUGGUCGCUCGCGUGGUUUCGGUUUCCUUACUUUCCGUGAUCCCAAGACUGUCAACACUGUCAUGGUCAAGGAGCACUAUCUUGAUGGCAAGAUUAUCGACCCCAAGCGCGCUAUUCCUCGUGAUGAGCAGGAGAAAACUAGCAAGAUCUUCGUUGGCGGCGUUAGUCAGGAAGCUACCGAGCAGGACUUUAAGCAAUUCUUCACCCAAUUUGGCCGUGUCAUUGAUGCUACCCUCAUGAUCGACAAGGAUACCGGCCGGCCACGUGGAUUUGGUUUUGUCACUUUCGACAGCGAAGCCGCAGUUGAAAAUGCCCUAUCCCGCCCCCUUGAAAUCCUGGGCAAGCAGAUUGAAGUUAAGAAGGCUCAGCCACGGGGCAACCUCCGAGACGAGAACCGCGGCGGCCGAGGCGGUCGUGAUAACUUCCGUGACAUGAACCAGGGCGGCGACACCUCGAGCGGCCAGCAGCAAGGCGGACCUCAGCAGGGCAUGGCUGGUGGAAUGACCCCACAGAUGAUGGCCCAGUAUUGGCAGCGCAUGCAGCAAUACUUUGCGAUGAUGCAGCAGCAGAUGGCGAUGGGUGGGGGCCAGAUGAACAUGGGAGCCAUGAACCCCGCGAUGAUGCAGCAAAUGCAACAGAUGCAGAUGAAGCAGAUGGCCGCACAAAUGGGCGGUGGUCCCCAACAGCAGCAGGGCCAGCAGCAGCCGGGGCCACAACAGCAACAGCAACCCGGUGGAAUGAGUCCCAACCCAGCAUCUCCCGGACCGCAGCAAAGCAUGCCCAACAUGAUGAAUGCAGCCAUGAUGCAACAGAUGCAGGGCCAGCCUCAGGGCCAAAUGCCCUCCGGUGCCGGUGCACAUGACGGCUCUGGCUACAACCGCCAGCAGCAGCAGCAGCAGCAACAGCAACAGCAGCCUGGUGGACCUGGUUACAAUGCUCAGGAGCAAAUUGCCUUUGAGCAGCAAAAGUAUGAGCAACAGCAGGCUCGUCGGGCCAUGGAUCCCAGCCGUGGUUAUGCUCCGUAUCAGCAAGGUGGCCCAACUUCGUGGGAGGGCAUGUAUGAUGAGGUGCCUCAGCCGAACAUUCCUACCGGACCUCAAGGUAUGGCUCGUGGGGGUAGUAUGGGUCGUGGCGCAAGUGCAACUCCUCAACCUCAAAGUGCUGCCCCGGCCAACGCUCCUACCGGCCCUCGCAAUGCCGGUAAGCCAGGUGCAAACUACCGUGGCGGUGGUCGUGGCGGACACCGUGGAUUCCAUCCUUAUUCUCGAUAA